AUGUCGGAAGCCCCUGACGCUACCUCUCAGACCGGAGGCCCUCUCGCCGAUCGCAUCUCCAAGCCCGAUGCUCCUACCACCGACUCCGUUGCCGCAUCCAACGAUGGUGCAGGUCAAGAUGCCAUAGGCUCCGAGCUCCAGGAACCAGACUACACUGUUGAGGUCAAGCUAAGCGACUUGCAAGCGGAUCCGAACAAUCCCUUGUUCUCCGUUAAAACUUUCAAUGAUCUUGGCCUUGAUGAUCGAAUCCUCAAGGGACUUUCAAGCAUGAACUUCCGUCAGCCAUCCAAAGUUCAGGAACGCGCCCUUCCCCUCCUGAUGAGCAACCCGCCCAAGAACCUCGUUGGUCAAUCCCAGUCCGGUACUGGCAAGACUGCUGCCUUUGUCCUGAACAUUUUGAGCCGUCUCGAACUUGACACCGAGGCUGCGCAAACUACCCCGCAAGCUCUCAUCUUGGCUCCCACACGUGAGUUGGCACGACAGAUCGUUGGUGUUAUUCAAGUCAUGGGUCAGUUCCUUGACGGAAUGAUCAUUGGUACUGCCGUCCCUGCCGAUACCGCCACUCGUGCCGAAGCUAUGACUGCCUCUGUCGUGGUCGGUACCCCAGGCACCGUCCAAGACAUGAUUAAGAAGCGCCGUUUGAACCCCAGCCAGCUUAAGGUUCUGGUUCUCGACGAGGCCGAUAACAUGCUGGACCUGCAGGGCAUGGGUGAUCAGUGUAGUCGUGUCAAGGCCAUGCUUCCCAAGUCCAUCCAAGUUGUUCUCUUUUCGGCUACUUUCCCAGCUCAUGUAUACCGCUAUGCAACCAAGUUUGCCCCGGAAGCCAACGAGAUUACCUUGAAGCACGACGAAUUGACUGUUGAUGGAAUCAAGCAACUUUACAUGGACUGCAGCAACGAAGAAGAGAAAUACAGCAACCUUGUGCAGCUUUACGGCCUGCUGACUGUUGGAUCAUCCAUUAUCUUCGUUCGCACUCGACGAUCUGCUGAGGAGAUUGAGAGGCGCAUGGUUGCUGAGGGACACACUGUUGCCUCCCUGACCGGUGGAAUUGAGGGCUCCCAGCGUGAUGCGGUCAUUGACGCGUUCCGCAGUGGAAAGGCGAAGGUUCUCAUCACUACCAACGUUCUUGCCCGUGGAAUUGAUGUUUCCACUGUGUCUCUCGUCGUCAAUUAUGAUAUUCCCGAGGCCUACCACGCUGGAACGCGCACCAGAGAGCCUGAAUACCAGACUUACCUUCACCGUAUCGGUCGGACUGGACGAUUUGGUCGUAUCGGUGUUGCCAUCUCAUUUGUGGCCAACCGGGAGGAGUGGGAGAUGCUUCGUAUGAUCCAAGAGCACUUUGGCUGCACCAUUGACCGAAUCGACACCUCUGACUGGGACGAGGUCGAGGAGAUGAUCAAGAAGACAAUCAAAAACUCCCGCGCCCAAGCCAAGUUUGUCACCGGACAAUAG